AUGUCCAACUCUCUCCCACUCGAAACAUUGAACCAACGAUACCAGAAGAGAUUAACUUCACUAGAUUCCGAGGUACUAAACCUUGUUAAGAAUGUAGAGCAUCUGGAGAUCAAACUAGAAGAAACAAAGCGUACUCUCCAUGUUAAAGAAUCACAAAUCCGUCAACUCGAAUCCACCAUAAGUUUUUCAGAGCGAGGAAUAGCAGAGAUGGAAGACAUUUUCCAGCAAAAGAUAAAGGCAGAGAUUGAACAUCUUACAUUCUCAAGAUCAGUGGAGAGCCUAAAAAGAAAGAUCAAACUAAUUGAAGAAGAGAAGGCAUUGGCAAGAAGCUCAUAA